AAUCAGUUAUUGUUCUUAGUAACUAAUAACUCUCCAAAAUUUUUAUGUGUGUAUUAUUGUACCGUAUAUAGCUAUACUCUUAUUUUCUCAAUAUAUACACACUUUUUUAUAAGAAUACCUAAAUUCUAACCUGUAAACACAAAAAUACAGACCCGGAGUGCAAAAUUACUGGGCAUAUUUUUCAAUUUAUUUGUAAAGAGAAAGUUACAGGCCACAUGCAGAGAAGUGUUAAGUGCAGAAGAGAAGUGUCAAAUCCUGAAAAGAAGUAACCCAUAGGGGUCAUUGUACAUAUAGAUAGAUGGAAUUUUUGCAGAAUUUUUACAAUGCAAGAUGUUUGACAUCAGAACCUUGCCAGGAAAAGCUUUCUUUCCAACUUAUUUACAUUGGAAGAUAAUAUCUAGCCUCAAUUCUAUCUUAUUUGGUCAGUGACAAGAGCACGUCAUUACCAGAAAAUUUGCUGUAUGAAUCUGGCACCUUGUUUACAAGUUAUUAGCUUUAUGAAACAAGGACUCGUCUGGGACGGAGAAAAUACUAUUAUUUUUUCAAUGCAUUUGAGCAUAUUCGAGUAUACCCCAAAUAACAAAGGUUGUGAUAGAACAUAAAAUAUUUUAACAAAGUAAAAAUUGUCAUAGAAAUUUUCAGCUAAGCGAAUGUAUAUUAGUUUUUUGUCAGUUUCUUUGCAGGGUUGCCACACCUCCUUAAAACUCCUCAUAUCUCCUUAAAUUCAAAAGGUCUCCUCAAUUCUCCUCAAAUGUCCUCAAUUUUUUUUGGAAAUUUAGGUUUUCUUCUAAAAUCUCCUCAAACUCUUUUUGAUAUUUAUUAUUUUUUAUAUAUAUGUCCAUUUUUUAUAUUAUUUAUUUUAAAUCACCACAACUUGUGGUUGCUGUGGCUUGCAAACAUUACGUUUUUUUGAAUUUCUUUGUACUUGAAGCAAAGUUUCUUAGUUAUCUUUUGUAAGAAAAUAUUGGGAUGCCAGUCCUCAUUUUUACAAGUGCAAGUUUUUCUCCUUAUCCCCUAAAUUUUGUUAACAAAUGGUCCUCAAAAAUCACAAAAAUCUUCUCCAAUCAUUUUUUGAAAAAAGAGUUGGAACCCUGCUUUGUCAGUUUCGCAUUUUUUGCAAUCUUUACAGUGGCUAUAUAGUUGUUUUGGCUUUAUUUCACUUUGUUGCUUUCGUUAAAUUUCCUUAUCAAUUUUUGGCACGUUUUUCAUGUGCCAGGUUUUCAUUUAAAGUUAUUGACAACAUCCUUAUAAAUAGUCCCCAUUCUUGUUUCCUAAAGUCUCUCUUUACAUUUCAAAAUUAUCGCUGUAUAAACCAUUCAGUGCAUAUCUCAUGGGAUGGUUUCCAUCUGCAAAACUAGUGCACGGGACAAGGAGGCCACUUAGUUAUUUGGUCUGUAGAAUAAAACUACCACCCCAAACCCUACCCCUACUGGGGUACGCCAUGUUUUUAAUUAACUCUGAGUAAUUUUGAAAGUUUUUUCAUCUGAAAACAAUACAUUACUCUAAUUGCUAGCAUGACUCGACUUAUAUAAAGUAUAAAAUAAUGUUAAAAAAAAAUAUGUUUUUUAUUAAGCUUUAGGCAUUAAAAUUCAAGCAAAGGUUCUUUUUCCGAUGUGACGCCGACUGGAAGAAAGUAGUAGGGUGUGGUCUUUCAAUUACAUAGUCAUAGAGGUUCGCCAAAAUAUCAUUAUGGUAGAUGUGACGCACAUGUUGGAAAAUGUUUUGGAUUAAUGAAUAGAGAUUGAUAGACAUUUCAGUUUCAUAGAUGCAAAGUAUGCAACAGAAAGAGAGGAACAGUGACAAAUAUGGAUUACGAGCCGCACUUACUAAAGAAAACAGUAGAAGUUAUACUAAACAAAAGUCAAAAAGAGGGCGACCAGUUUCUUUAUUUAAAAUAUUAGGCUACCAAUGCACUAUUUGUGACAAAGUAUUUAAUAUAAAAUGUAACUUACAUUUGCACCAAGUAGUACAUACUACUGAAAGACCUUACGUUUGUGAAGAAUGUGGUCAUACAUUUAAAUUAGAAUGUCAUCUUAAAACUCACAAUCUGAUGAAGCAUGAUCCGAUAUAUAGAUACCAGUGCGAGUUUUGUGGGAAAAAGUUCAAACUGAAAGGAAACUUGACUGUGCAUGUGAACAGUACUCAUUUACAACUUCGAAACUUUGAAUGUAACAAGUGUGAAAAGUCGUUCAAGUUAAAACAGCAUCUGGAUAAUCAUCUGCGUUUUAUUCAUAGCAUUGGAGGUUAAAUGGUUUAUGUUUUUGCGCUAUAUGACAUUUGGUUUUAUUUAAAGGGUUCGUUACAUUAAUUUGUGUGUCUUUAUUGUCCACUACGCCCUGUUUACACUUAGUGAUUAGAGAUGUGAUGUACAAGGUUGGCGUUAAUGGCGUUAAUGCAUCAAACCCUCAAUGCGUCUGAUGAGCGCCAUUACUGUGUUCAGCCUUUCAUGGUAUUUAUAAUAACGACAUUUCUUUUGUAUUUUGAGUGGUAAGAAAAGACAAGGUACCAGUGAUGAAAAUAUAUAUCAAGAGUUUAUUAUCUUCUCUCACUUUAGACGCGUCCUUAAAGUAUUCCAUUUAAGGGAGCUACGAACGAGAUUAUCGUGGCUUACAUGAUAGAUUUGUUUUUUAUUGACUUGCUAUUUUGCUUUUGGGUUUAUUGUGCGAAAAUGUAAAGAUGUUUGUCAAAGCAUAGAUAUAUUCAAAGCCACGGUCAACAAACCUGAAAAAUAUGAACAACCAUAUAUAUGUGACUGGAUGUAAGUUUUUUAGCUCCGAUGACUGCGUUUGGAAUCAUCUCGUGGCUCCUUAAGAAUUUUGAAAAUGGACAUAAACAGUAUAUUGCGGCAAAUAAAUUUUAAAAGACAUGUUGGAACUUAAAGUACCGCUUUAAUGUAACUUUACAUGCACCUUACUUCUUUUACCGUAAUAAAAAUAGUUUCGAUUGC